AUGCCUCCGGCCUCCAGCUCCGACUGCCCCCACCUCGACUGUGUGGGGGAGAUCACCAAAGAGGAACUUAUCCAGAAAUCUCACGGCCAGUGUCAAGACUGUGAAGUAGGAGGACCAAAUCUGUGGGCCUGUCUGGAGAAUGGUUGUUCGUAUGUCGGCUGUGGAGAGUCCCACGCCGACCACAGCACCGUCCACUCGCAGUCCUUUGGGAAAUGCUUCGGGCCCGGUUCACAGUCCUCAGAGCAGUGUUUUAUCAACGCAGGCUGUACUUUGGCCGAAGGAGCCACUGCAGGUUUCCUCGGCGAUGGGGACGUGGUGACCCAGGCCAUCCACGACGCUCAGCAGCUACUGAGAAACCACGGCAAAGACGGCAGAGAGCGCGGCGACAGGAAGACGGUGCGUGUCCGUCAUUUCACUGCAGUCUAUUCGCAGCUCAGAGAACGCAGCGACACCUCGUCCAUCCGCCGCCGAUUCAGGCUCCGGUUACGGGAAGUGGUUUUAACAGUCGUAGAGCGUAGCACGAGGCCAGAGACAGCUGUUUGUUUGGGAUCCUCUGUCAGACGGCGAGAUCCCGGACACUACGGCUUCACGUUAUGUCAAUAUGUUUGCAGCUUUAACGCCGUAGAACAUUUGCUGUGGGGUUAG